GACAAAUUCCUAGAAGUGGAGGUCAGAUCACUUUUAAGGCUCUGACUGCUUGCUGCCAAGUAGCUUUCCAGCAACACGCACCAAGUCCAGCACUGCCAGCUGCAGCGGAGAAGAGCCCUUUGACUCCAACACUGCAGCAGCACCUCGUGCUGGGGGAGGGCAGCUUCCCUCUGAGCUCCAGGCAGUCCUGACAAUGGGCCCUUGUCCUGCCCACCCCAGCACUUCUUUCCGCAGAGCCCUCCACCCCUGGCUCCAGGCUUGACUGUCUGCAAGGCCUGUGUUCAGUCUCAUCCCGCCCUCUUGGCAAGUGCUGCCCCAGGGCAGUGCUGGUGGAGUGCGGAGGGUGAGUGAUUUUCCGGUCCUGCCCCUAGGCUCUGAGCCCCUUCAUGAAUCCUCAGAAGAAGGUGGAUUUGAAACUCAUCAUCGUCGGAGAACUUGGUGUGGGAAAGACCUCUCUCCUUCACCAAUAUGUGCACAAGACAUUUUACGGGGAAUACCAGACCACGUUGGGGGCCAGCAUCCUCUCCAAGGUCAUCAUCCUGGACGACACCACUUUGAAGCUACAGAUCUGGGACACAGGCGGUCAAGAGCGGUUCCGUUCCAUGGUGUCCACCUUCUACAAAGGCUCCGAUGGCUGCAUCCUGGCUUUUGAUGUCACGGAUCUGGAAUCCUUUGAAGCCCUGGAUGUCUGGCGGGGUGAUAUUCUAGCCAAGAUGGAGCAGUCAUAUCCUAUGGUGGUGCUGGGCAACAAAAUCGAUCUGGAAGACAGGAAGGUGCCCCCGGAGAUGGCCCAAGGCUGGUGUGAAGAAAAGGACAUUUCCUACUUUGAAGUCAGUGCCAAGAACGACAUCAACGUAGCACAAGCCUUUGAGGUGCUGGCCAGACAGGCUCUGUCAAGGUAUCGCGGCAUCUUGGAGAAUCACCUUGUAGACUCCAUCAAGCUCACGCCCAGCCAGGCGAAGAGCAGCUGCUGCUGACAGCAACUCCCACUGCGCACUCCAGGGACAGAACCGCCCUGGACCCACUGUCCGGCCCUCCUGCCUCCUGCCACACUGCCUGCCUUCACCCAGCCCGAGGCUGAGGCCCUGCGGCCAGAGUCCAUAAGCAUCGCUGGACUCAGAACCAGAGCACCUGGCCUUGCCUGAGGCUGACUCCAGCAAAGCCAGGGCUGGGCCUCCGGGGACCCAGAGGAAGAGCAGAGCAGCUCAGGGGGAUCCUGCUGGGCAGCUCCAGACUCUUGCCAGCCGCCACUCCCAAACACAGUCCUGCUACAGAACGCACACCCCUGCAUACAGCCCCAAGACCUUUGGAGUCCUGUGGACUGGCUCCUCCCCUCACCACAAGCUGUGAGCAGGUGUCGCAGAGCCGCCCUCAGCACCCCGGGUCGAGGAGCAGGGCCUGGCUACACCGGCAGAUGCUGGUGAAGGACUGAGGGGAUGUAGGAGAAGCUGCCAGAGACUUGCUCAUUGUGCCUGUUUGGUGCUGAGGCAGCUCACAUAUAUUUCUCCUCAGUUUGCUCAUCUCUCAAUUGGGGUGUAAUUUGAGGACCAGAAGCUGUACUUAACUCUCAUUGCUGUUGUUGCUAUGAUAUGCAUUUAUUUACUCCUUUCGGGGGUAUUUUAGUGCUAUAUUCAUUGCACUGAGGUCCAGUGAUAAAACACCCCAGACCCCUAUCUAUCUCCAAGAGCCUACAAUUGGUGAGGAAUAGGCAACAGGAAGGGCCAGUUCACACAUGAGCAACAGGAGCGGGGAUGAAGUCCAGGAGGGCUUCCCUGAAGAGGGAGUGUUUGAACCGAGGGCUUUAGGAAGAGUAUCUCAGAGGGAGGGAAUAGCAAGGCGGAGACCCUAAGGCAAGGACAGCUUGCUGUGCUCCGGGAACAGUGAAGGGACAUUCGUUCUCCUGAAGACUCAAAGCUGCCCUCCCAGUGACAGGCAGGGGACCCACCGGCUAAAGGGCGCUACGAUGUUCUCCCGUCUGGCCACCAGAGGGCAGCAGCGCCCCAUCGCGUCCAGGCUGAGCGGAAACCGCUCCACCCGCACUUCAAGCUGGCUUGUCCGCUGGUGCGGAAAGCGCGUGCAGGUCCGAGCACAUUCCGCUCAGAUUCACGAGCCAAGAGAAUUCGAGUUCCUUAAGUUUAGUAAGAAAUGAGCAAAACCUGCGAUAUAGGUGACUGGGGCAAGAAAUCAGAAUCAGAGACAGAUGCCGGAGUGAGAAGCCCAGAGCCACGGAUUCUCUGACUGUGCUGACUCUGAGGCCAUCGCCUGCUUUUUCUUCUGGUUGCAGAGGGAGCAGACAGGGCCCAGGCGAAAAGAGACGGGCAGGCAGCACUGGGGGCGAUGGCUUUGCCGGUUAGUGUCUCCUGGCUCCUGGCCUAGAAGCUGGGGAAUCAGGAGGGACCAGCAAGGGGACCGAGGAGCCCCUGCCCCAGCUGUGGAAUCUGACCUGACUCAUCCUGCGCGCAGUGUGGGGCUGGCAUGGGCAGCGUGGGCCGCAGCACACCUGUCUGUGUGUCCCAGGAGCCCCCAGAGACCAGCUGCACGCCGUCACGGGGUUGCACUCUGCAAGCGCGCUGGUGUGUACCCAGCAGCUCAGGCACCACCGUGGACAUAUGGACCAUCUCUAAAUGUGCACUAAUAAAUAUGUGCUGUGUUUUUAUCCUUUCGGUAA